GUGCUACCUGCAACUUGCAACAGCUAUAGAAACUCUGCGGAUAUGCAAGCUGUGCCUUGGCACAGUUUCCAAUUGUGUACUACGAACGCGUCAUAACGCGUGCACCAAGAAAGCCGCCACUGAACGUCGUGCUAAAAAACUCAUUAAAAUACUAAGCUCCACGUUCGAAUAUAAAAAUGGAAACAAUGUCGAAUCCUUAUCCAAAAAAAAUGCACGACACUUACGAGGAUGAAGAAGAGAGGAAACACUUUCAACGUAUUGUUUCAGCUUUUAAAUAUUACAAAAAUCAUUCACUAUUAAGGGUUAAGAAAACAGAAUCAUAUUUGCUAUCACUUCCAGCUCAUCAUCAGAAGCUUUUGUCAAAAUAUAGAGAACAUCUGCAAGAAGUUAAAAGAUGUAUUGAAAAUAAUGAUGAGAUAAUUAAGCUUAUCAUAAAGGAUGUAGCACAUAUUUUUGAAAAUGUGAGCCCAGCUACUGCACAGACUGACAGUACAUUAAAUCCUCGUCCAGUAAUGGCUGAUCAAGAAAAGGUUCAAGCAACCAUUAAACAACUGGUUCGUGAUUGGAGCGUGGAAGGUACCGAAGAGCGAAUGGCGUGUUAUCAGCCUAUUAUAGAUGAAAUUAUGAAUCAAUUUCCUGUAGAUUAUUGUACACCAUCAGACGUGCAAAUUCUAGUACCUGGAGCAGGUUUGGGAAGACUAGCAUAUGAAAUUGCGAGACGUGGAUAUACUUGCCAAGGAAAUGAAUUUUCCCUUUUUAUGCUCUUUGCUUCUCAUUUUGUAUUAAAUAAAUGUAGAGGAGUAAAUUCAUAUCAAGUACAUCCGUGGGUACAUCAAUAUAUGAAUAAUUUAAAACCGGAACAUCAAACUCAAGCUGUGUUCUUCCCAGAUGUAAAUCCUAGUGAUCUUCCAGAAAAUGCGCAAUUCUCCAUGGCAGCUGGGGAUUUUCUGGAGGUUUAUACAGAAGACAAUCACUGGGAUUGUGUAGCCACGUGUUUUUUUAUAGAUUGCGCAAAUAAUGUUGUACAAUUUAUUGAGACUAUUUAUAAAAUUUUAAAGCCAGGAGGUAUAUGGAUAAAUCUUGGUCCACUAUUGUAUCAUUUUAGUGAUAUGCCAAUGGAAGAUUCUAUAGAACCAAGUUACGAUGUAGUUCGCGAUGUGAUUCACGGAUUUGGAUUUCAAUUAGAGAAGGAAGAAACGCGCGUAAAAACGCGAUAUGCACAAAACGUUAACAGUAUGUUGCAAUGUGAAUAUAAUAGUGUAUAUUUUGUUUGUCGAAAACCUAAAAGACACAUAGAUAAUAGCAAUGAUACUCUCCAAGUAUGGAAUUUCAAUCAAUUAGAAAACAAUGUUAAAAUCGAUGCAAAGAUAUUUGGAAUACGAAAUAUUAAAGACUUUGUCUUUACACAAAAUGGAAGAGCAAUGAUUAUAGUUGGCACUCAAAAUAAAAUUGCCAUUCUGAAUACGUGUAACUGGACUUUAAUGAAAACUUUAAGUUUGCCAGAAAAUUUUAUUGCAGUGAAAUAUUUAUCACUUGUACCAUCUUUGGAUAAUGGAGCAAUUAGUAUAAUGGCAUGUAUUUUAUCAAGCUCUAAUCUUUACUUCUUUGAUCUAAAUCAGUCUUGUGUCAUUGAUAUUCUACAAGUUACCAAACCAAUAAAAAAAAUUGCAGUUUCUUCCACUGGCAGGUAUAUAGCAUAUAUAGAAAAGGAGGGUCAUCUAAAAUUAAUAAUUAAUGAGAAAUUAUUUUCAAAAAAAUGUGAAUCUUUGCAAAAGUUAACAGAACCAUGUAGACCACAUGCACAUGGAAUAUAUGAUCACUUACAAUGUGUUAGACAAAACAUUAAACACGAAUUACGCUUAGAAAGAUUAAUACUUAUUUUAAAAGAAUAUGGAGAAUAUCCUGGAAAAUAUCGAGUAUUAAUAUGGUCGACUAUUCUAAAUUUGCCAGCUAAUAAAUGUUCAUAUAAUGCCUUGGCUAAUAAAGCUGCUAAUAUAAAUUUCACUUCAGACAUAUUAAAAAACUAUCCAUUAGCAAGUAGAAGUAAACAUAUAUUAUUAAUGACUACUGUUCAUUGCUUAAUACAAUGGUGUCCUUUAUUAGUACAAUGUUCAUUUUUACCAAAUUUAGUUUUUCCAUUUCUUAUUAUAUUUCAGGUAAUAAAAUAUAUAAUAUAUAUUCAUAAUAUAUUGAAACAGAUGACACAUCAAGAAAAAUUAAUUGCUUUAUUUUUAUUACAGAAAGAUCUACUACUUGGCUUUGAACUCAUUUUAACUAUAUUAUUGAAUUAUUGUCAAAAGUGGUUUGAAUAUCAUCCUUUACCACCAUUAAAUGUGUUAGGUAUAAUAGAAAAUAUUCUUCUACAAGCAGAUCCGUCCUUGUUAAAUGUUUUUUGUGAACGAGGAAUAACAUCUAGUGAAUAUGCAUGGCCUCUUUUAAAGACUGGUAUGAGUGAAGUCUUAUCUGGUCCUGAGUGGUUAAUUUUAUGGGAUAAUCUAAUAUCCUGUAAAAAACCUUCACUUCUAUUGAUGAGUAUUGUUGCAUACAGUAUAUGUUCCCGUGAAAUUAUCAUUUCUUCAUUACAAGCACAAGAAAAUAUUAAAAGAUAUUUUACUAAACAAGGUCAUAUUGGUGCACAUGAAUUACUGAAAGUUGCUCAACAACUUGAUAAUAAUUUACCAUUAAGAAUACAUCCUAGCCAUUACCUUAGGGAUGAAGUAAUUACAUUACCUUCCAAAGGGCCAUAUCCACCAUUUAUGUUAGAUGAUUUUCCCAAAUUUUUAACAGAUGAAAUCUCUGUUCUCGAAUUAGAAAAGUUGAAGAAAAAACAAAGAAUAAUGCGUCAAUGCAAUCAAAAAGUUAUAGAAAUUGCAGAAAUAAAUAGACUGGAACACGAAGCUAAAGCUUUUAUGGAUCAAAUCAAUCAAACAAGAUUAAAGGAGGCACACAAAUGUUUCAAACAACAAUUGUUUGAUACAAAUUGGGAAAUAAGAACAACAGAACAAGGACCAACAGAAACAUAUAAAGUUAGUUGCGAAUGUAUUUGUGAUCAAUUUCAUGAUAGCUUGCAUUUAAAUUUAGAUACUACAAGUGAUAAAGAUAUUGCAUGUUCGAAAAAUGGUAAAACAAAACGUUAUUUUCAAUUACAAGAAGAUGUGAACAAAUUAGAAUAUGAAGUACAAAGCUUUUUGAGUUCUUUAAGAUCUCAAAAAUCAAAAGUAGUUAAUAGUUAACAUGUUUUGUAUAUUACAAGAUUAUAAUAAAGGAAUUAAUAUUUCUUUUGUAUCAUGCUUGCGGAAAUAAAGAUUUUAAUGUAAAAA